CAUGCACGCGGCUUCCUGACCCCAUUCGGAUUUCCUACCACCUUCAUCCCACUCACUAUUGACAUACAAUCAGUUGAUUUGAUAUCUUGAGUUUUCCAAUUCUCCUUCGCCGACAUGGGGUCCGAUCCUCAGUAUAUCAAGUUCCCCGACCUCUCUCUCGCCCAACAUGUCUUCAACCUUUCGAAUCCUGCAUGCCCCCAGACGCUGCGGCAAUCUUCUCAGAAGAAGCUUCAAGAAGCAAUAACUGAGAAGAAAAUGGCCCCCUUCUACCGACACCUUGCCCACCCCGUCGAAGGCAUUCUGAACCACUCGAGUGAGGGCGCCUCCCAGCCACCGUCAUCAAGUGCUGUCAAGCCGCUCAGCACUCUAGCAUCGCGGAGAUUGUCGCAGAAAAUAGAUUUUCCCUGGGAUGAAGCUCUGUAUCAAUCACUCGUUGAAGACAAUCGGAAGGAGUUAGCGGAGUUCCAGAAGGAAGAAGACGAAGCGGAGGAAGCUGCCGGUGACACCGAGGUGCAGGCCGCGCGAGGGAAACGUGCGGAGUUCUGGGCGCGGGUAGGAGAUAAGGACAAAGCGAUUGAGUCCCACGAAACGCUCCUAGAGAAGACGACGUUCCUGGGAUCCAAGAUCGAUCUAGUGCUCGCGAUGAUUCGAAUUGGACUCUUCUUCGGUGACACUUUAUACGUGAAGAAAAACAUUGAACGGGCGGAAGGAUUGAUUGAAAGUGGUGGUGAUUGGGAUAGGAGAAACCGUCUAAAGGCAUACAAGGGCUUACACCUGCUCACGGUCCGGUCCUACAGCGCUGCCGCUCCUUUACUUCUUGACAGCCUGUCUACAUUCACCAGCUAUGAACUAUGCAGCUACUCCGCUCUUGUCAUCUACGCAGUGCUUGCAGGCUCCCUGUCCCUGAAGCGGGUCGACUUCAAGGCCAAGGUGGUGGAUGCUCCCGAGAUCAAGGCGAUCCUCGGAUCGGGCGAGGACCGUCUCGCCGCGCUGACCGGCGAGAUCUCCUCUGGGCCUGGAGCUCAAGAUGAAGAGAUGAAAGAUGCUUCUUCGUCAGGCGCUACCACCGCCGUCAACCUUACUGCCUUUGGCGGCAACACCGGCAUUCAGGCGGAGGCUGAGAACCCUAUCGACUUCACACCUCUUUCCAACCUGGUUAGCAGCUUAUACAACGGCAACUACCGGACUUUCUUCCUAGCUCUCGCUGCCGUGGAGGACCAUUUCUUGACCCAAGACAGAUACUUGUAUGAGCAUCGGGCCUGGUUCGUGCGUGAAAUGAGGCUCAGAGCCUACCAGCAACUCCUCCAGAGUUACCGGGUUGUGGGGUUGAACAGCAUGGCCAAUGAUUUCGGCGUUACGGUUGACUAUUUGGAUCGGGAUCUUGCCAGGUUCAUUUCGAACAACCGAAUCGCAUGCACGAUCGAUCGCGUCAAUGGAAUUAUCGAGACGAACAGGCCGGAUGACAAGAACAAGCAGUACGCGGAUGUGGUCAAACACGGGGAUGCGUUAAUCACGAAACUCCAGAAAUACGGUCAAGCAGUGCGCCUGAGGGGAAGCGAGCGCAGCUAGAUAGAUAGAUUAAGGAACGAUGAAUGAUGAAGGAGUGUACCCUCCUUGUUGCAUCACGGCGUCGCCUGCUUUGGGACCGAGCCAUUGAGCCG